AUGUCUUCUCGACGCCCGAUCUUCUUCAACCCCUUGGCCAGCUCCCAGAGAAGCGAGUUUCCACAGAUUGAUGGCCUCUCUAAGUUCCAUAAGUCUCUCGCCGGCUACAGUCCAACACCACUUACUUCGUUGCCCGAUCUUGCCGCCGAACUAGGCGUCCGCGCCGUUCUCGUUAAAGACGAAAGCAACCGGCUCGGUCUACCCUCGUUUAAAGUCCUCGGUGCAUCAUGGGGUUGUUACCGUGCGGUAGCAGCUUAUCUUAAUCUGCCGUUGACCGUUAGCCUUGAGGAGAUGGCUGCGCGGGCGCAAGAGAAAUCGGUGACGCUUUUGGCAGCAACGAAGGGAAACCAUGGGCGGGCAGUAGCAUUCAUGGCGCGUACCCUGGGGAUUGAAUCCAGAAUUUUUGUGUCAGAGACUAUGGAUGGGCCAACAAAGGAUAGAAUCAGGUCAGAGGGAGCAAAGGUGACGACGAUUAAGGGCGAUUAUGACGCGGCUGUCUUGGAGGCACUGAAGGUGUCGACCGAGAUGGAUGGCGCAUUGCUCAUCCAGGACACCGCAUUGGAGGGGUACGAAGAGGUUCCCUCGUGGAUCGUAGAAGGCUAUUCGUCCAUGAUGUUGGAGAUUGAGAGUCAACUGGCAGAGAUAGGUCUGCGCGCCACGGUCAUGGUCACGCCAGUGGGAGUGGGGAGUCUUGCGAACACAGUGUCGACGUUCUGCAAGUCGAGAGAGAAUCCGAUUUCUGUGAUCGUUGUUGAGCCCGAUACUGCGGCUUGCCUGCACAGUAAUCUGCUAGCUGGUAAAUUAAGGCGGAUAGAGACUUCGUUCACCAUUAUGGACGGUAUGAACUGCGGGACUGUUUCGACGACGGCAUGGUCAAACUUGCAGCGUCUUGUAGAUGCUAGCGUUACUGUCUCUUGCUACGAGAGCCACCAGGCUGUGGGAUACUUAGCCUCGCGCUCAAUCAAGGCCGGACCCUGUGGUGCGGCGUCGCUGGCAGCACUGAGACGAGUUAAGGAAUGCUCCGAGUCACUACUGACCGAAGAUUCGGUUGUCGUGCUGCUGAGCACAGAAGGACCCCGCGACUACCCUAUCCCAUUGGAUGUGUCGUCCGACAAUGCUGUUGAGAUAGCGAGCACGCUAACGAGAAUCAACUCCUCGAACCCCACGCUAUCCCUCGCUGACGGCGUAGGAGAAACCCAGAUCUGCGAUUACCUGCAAGCAUGGUUCGCACAUCGCGGAAUCGAGUCACAUCGCGUUGAACCAGUUCCUGGCCGACCUUCUGUCGUCGGCAUUCAUAGGGGCAGCGGGGGAGGAAAGGCGCUCAUGUUCAACGGUCAUAUCGACACAGUCAGUCUAGCAAGCUACGAGACAGAUGCACUCUCUGGCGCAAUUGGCACCAGGGGCGGAAAACAGGUGGUCCUUGGCCGAGGGAGUCUCGACAUGAAGGGCGGGCUCGCAAGCGCAUUAGCGGCUCUUUCAGCGAUCAAAGCCAGUUGCGAGCCCUUGCGUGGAGAUGUCAUUAUUGCCGCCGUCUCCGACGAGGAGGACGCAUCCCAGGGGACGAGGGACAUUCUAGCUGCCGGUUGGAGGGCUGACGCCGCUGUUGUACCUGAGCCUACGAACGAGAUUAUUGCGCAUGCGCACAAGGGCUUCGUUUGGGUGGAGGUCGAUAUUCUCGGCGUGGCUGCUCACGGCUCAAACCAUAUCGACGGAGUCGACGCUAUUCUCCAUGCUGGGUGGUUCCUGCAAGCUUUGGAGAAGCACGCAAGCAGGCUCCCCAUUGACGAUAUCCUGGGGCCGGCGACUCUGCAUUGCGGGCUAAUCCAGGGUGGAGAGGAGGCGUCCUCUUAUCCAGCCAAGUGCACCAUAACAAUCGAAUUCAGAACAAUCCCCGGUCAAACACCUCAGUCAAUAAUAUCUGAUAUCCAGCGCUUGCUGCUUGAGAUUCAAUCCUCAAAAAGGAACUUCAAGUUCGCAGAGCCCCGGGCUACGCUCGCUCGACCAGCUCACAAGAUCGACGUGAACCAUCCGCUUAUCGAGAGCGUAGCGGAUUGUGCGAAUAUGGUGACUGGAAUACGGCCGGGGAUUCAAAGUGUGCCGUUCUGGUGUGAUGCUGCGCUGCUGAGCGAGGCUGGAAUUCCCUCCGUGAUCUUUGGCCCAGCAGGGCACGGGCUGCAUGGGAAGGAGGAGUGGGUGGAGGUGGACAGCCUUCUCAGACUCCGGGGUGCUUUCGAGAAGUUGAUAAGGGAUUUUUGUGCCUGA